UAGAGCAAGCAGGAGGGUGGAGGGGACCCAGAGGCUGGACUCUGUUAUGUGUUUUAUAGAAGGGUCAAUAGAGUCAUUGUAGGUCCUUAAACAAAGGAUGGAUUUAAUGAGACGUAUUGAACCCUUUCACCCAGGAACUCAGGGACAAGGAGUCAGGCAGGCACCGGUACAUUGUGACUCUUCUGCUUCUGUUUUGUACCAAUCUGGCCUAAAGGGCUAUAGCCAGGAGGCCAGGAGACACAAUAUUUCUUAUAGAGGUUUUUGUAUUUACACACCUUACUAUGCUGAGCUCUGCUUGUGCCUGUCUCACGGUGCAACAACCUCUGGGGAAGUCUCAAGACUGUGGCUGGAUUCUCCUUGAGCUUAUGGUGGAGUCCUGAAUUUUGAUCUAUGUCCUGCCUAUAUCCAGCUGCCUGAAAAUAUUGGAUGAUCACAUGACCCUGGACAUGGAUGCUGUCCUGUCGGAUUUUGUCCGUUCCACAGGAGCAGAGCCAGGUCUGGCCCGAGAUCUCCUAGAAGGAAAGAAUUGGGACGUGAGUGCUGCCCUCAGUGAUUUUGAACAGCUACGUCAAGUCCAUGCUGGGAACCUACCUCUACCCUUUAGUGAAGGGAGUGGUGGUUCCAGGACCCCUGAAAAAGGGUUUUCUGAUAGAGAGUCUACUCGCCCUCCCCGACCCAUCCUGCAGCGGCAGGAUGACAUCGUUCAAGAAAAACGCCUGUCUAGGGGCAUCUCCCACGCCAGCUCCAGCAUUGUUUCCUUGGCCCGGUCCCAUGUCUCCUCCAAUGGUGGGGGUGGGGGGAGCAGUGAGCACCCCCUGGAAAUGCCCAUCUGUGCCUUCCAGCUUCCAGAUCUCACUGUGUACAAUGAAGACUUCCGCAGCUUCAUAGAGAGAGACCUCAUUGAGCAGUCCAUGCUGGUUGCCUUGGAACAGGCAGGGCGUUUGAACUGGUGGGUGAGUGUGGACCCCACCUGCCAGAGGCUACUUCCUUUGGCAACUACUGGAGAUGGGAACUGCCUUCUGCAUGCAGCCUCUCUUGGGAUGUGGGGUUUCCAUGAUCGGGACUUGAUGCUGCGGAAAGCUUUGUAUGCACUGAUGGAGAAGGGAGUCGAGAAGGAAGCAUUGAAAAGGCGCUGGAGGUGGCAGCAAACACAGCAGAAUAAAGAGUCAGGACUGGUAUACACAGAAGAUGAAUGGCAGAAGGAAUGGAAUGAACUGAUCAAGCUUGCCUCAAGUGAACCCCGAAUGCAUCUAGGUACUAAUGGAGCCAACUGUGGUGGGGUGGAGAAUUCAGAAGAGCCUGUAUAUGAGAGCCUAGAAGAAUUCCAUGUCUUUGUCCUUGCUCAUGUGCUUAGGAGGCCCAUAGUCGUCGUGGCAGACACCAUGCUAAGGGACUCUGGAGGGGAAGCAUUUGCCCCUAUUCCCUUUGGAGGAAUCUAUCUGCCUUUGGAGGUCCCAGCCAGCCAGUGUCACCGCUCCCCUCUGGUGCUUGCCUAUGAUCAGGCCCACUUUUCUGCACUUGUGUCCAUGGAGCAGAAGGAAAAUGCCAAGGAACAAGCUGUGACCCCACUUACAGAUUCAGAACAUAAGCUGCUGCCCUUGCAUUUUGCUGUGGACCCUGGAAAGGGCUGGGAGUGGGGCAAAGAUGACAAUGACAAUGUCCGAUUGGCCAGUGUAAUUCUGUCCCUAGAGGUCAAAUUGCAUCUGCUGCAUAGCUACAUGAAUGUGAAAUGGAUCCCACUGUCCUCUGAUGCACAGGCUCCUCUGGCCCAGCCUGAGUCCCCCACAGCCUCAGCUGGAGAUGAGGCUCGGUCCACUCCUGAGUCUGGGGAAUCAGACAAGGAGUCAGUUGGCAGCAGUUCUGCUAGCAAUGAGGGCGGCAGGCGGAAGGAGAAGUCGAAGCGAGAUCGGGAGAAAGACAAGAAGAGAGCAGAUUCCGUGGCUAACAAAUUGGGCAGCUUUGGCAAAACCUUGGGCAGCAAGCUCAAGAAGAACAUGGGAGGCCUGAUGCACAGCAAGGGUUCUAAGCCUGGAGGGGUGGGAACGGGGUCAGGAGUAAGCAGUGGCACUGAGACACUGGAGAAGAAGAAGAAAAACUCACUGAAGAGCUGGAAGGGUGGCAAAGAGGAGGCAGCUGGGGAUGGGCCUGUGUCUGAGAAGCCCACGUCUGAGUCUGUUGGUAAUGGAGGGAGCAAGUAUAGCCAGGAGGUGAUGCAAAGCCUGGCCAUUAUGAGGAUUGCAAUGCAAGGGGAGGGGAAGUUUAUUUUUGUUGGAACCCUGAAGAUGGGUCACCGUCACCAAUAUCAGGAAGAGAUGAUCCAGCGCUACCUUUCUGAUGCUGAGGAGAGAUUCCUGGCAGAGCAGAAGCAGAAGGAGGCAGAGAGGAAGAUCAUGAAUGGAGGGGUAGGGAGCGGGCCUCCUCCAGCCAAAAAGCCAGAGCCAGAUGGCGGGGAGGAACAGCUGACUGCACUCCCAGCAGAGUCCAAGGCAAUGGCAUUCUCUACUGGUUACCCUGGGGGCUUUACUAUCCCUCGGCCUUCUGGGGGUGGAGUCCACUGCCAGGAACCCCGGAGGCAGUUGGCAGGGGGUCCUUGUGGGGGGGGCCUACCACCAUAUGCCACCUUUCCCAGACAGUGCCCUCCUGGGCGACCCUACCCCCACCAGGACAGCAUCCCUUCUCUGGAGCCAGGCAGUCACUCCAAGGAGGGAGUUCACAGGGGUACAUUGUUACCACCUCCCUUCCGUGUGGCUGAUUCCUAUAGCAACGGCUACAGAGAGCCCCCUGAGCCAGAUGGAUGGGCUGGUGUUCCCCGGGGGCUUCCUCCAACCCAGACCAAAUGCAAACAACCGAACUGCAGCUUCUAUGGACACCCUGAGACAAACAACUUCUGCUCCUGCUGUUACAGGGAAGAACUGAGGAGGAGGGAACGGGAACUGGGUGGGGAACUGCUGGUGCACAGGUUCUAAAUGGGUGGAACCUUGGAGGGCAAGGGGGCUAAACAAAGAAAGUUAAGCUCAACUAAUUGGCUUAUCAAGACCAAGCCCCCAUGUUGAUGGGGCAAAUGCAGAAACGUUUGUGGGAGCCUGGCUGGUUACUUUUAAGUUGUGUGUUCGCUGGAGUGCUGCCAGGCUGGCAAGAGGAGGUCAGGGCUGAACGGUGCCUCAAGGCCUGUACUAUUCCUUUGCAGAGCUUGACUUGAUGGGACUGAGGAUGUACAAGGUGGGAAAGAAGGUGAUUCUAUCUCAUAAUCCCUUGGGUCCCAUCCAAGACCUAAGAGAAAGUAGUAGGGGAAGCUUUGGUGUGUGGGGAUGGGAGGUGGGCAGAAGUCUGGGGGAGGAACAGGCAAAGGAGGUUCUCAGUCAAUAAAAGAAAAAAUAGACCAAAGUUCUUUUAGGUUGGAAAAAAGCACAUGGUGGUGGAGUUGGGGAGCGUGGAGGGAAACUGGGAAACUGGACAAAUUUGUAUUGAUUUGAAUUAAGGUGGAAAUUUGGGUUGGAUAAAUUCCUCCUGAAGGAUCUGGAAAAACAAGGCAGUAAUAUGUACUCAUGGGUGCUUGCUAGGAGGAGGGGGUAGUUUAAUCACAGUUUUAUUGAGAUGAGAAAAGUAGGAACUUAAAAGGGAAUUUCCUCUUAAGUUUUACUUCCUUCUAGUUAGAAGAUUGACAAUUGCCCACUAUCUUUUUCUCAUCCUUUUUGAGAAGCUGAGCUAAGUGAAGAAGGUUGUGAUUUUGACUUUAAUUUUAUUUAAUUAAAAAAAGAAAAAAGGUUCCCUCUGGGAAAGGGAAGACAGGGAUGAGAAGAGCAGCUGUGUGUGUUGAAUUUUCUCCAGGUGAAUUGGUGCAGAGGUGAUCUAUUUUUUAACUACUUAGCAAUAACCAUACACUGAGGUUUGAGUGCACCUUGGGAAGGGGUGGGGGAAGGAUAGACGUUUGGCCGGACUGUUUCAGACAAAACCAAAAACUUAAAUAGAGUACUACCAUCCUCUGCUGCUGUGUUUCUGUAGAAAACAACUUAUUUUAUUGACUAAUUUUUUUUUUUUAAGGUAAAGAAACAAAAAGACCCCACCAAGCAAAAACAUUUUAAAAAAUUAUUAUUUUUUUUUCCUACAUAAGUGAUUCUUUUUUUCUUCCUCUCUACUUUUGGAGAAUGAACUUAACAUCCCGGCUUCUUUUGUUAAGCCAUAGCUGACCUUAAUCUGUGGUUAGUUUAUUAAAAUAAUAAAAAAAUACUUUGUAAGAGGAGAUAUUUUUGAUAUUAGGACUGAUGUUGAAACAUGGGGUGUGGGUUAGGGGCAAUUUAUAAAAAAGGUAGUUAGAGAAAUAUAUUUUAGUGAACUAUAACCACAGAUCACAGAUGACUCUCAGUGAGCUGAUCUGUCUUUGGAUUUCUUUGUUUCCCUGACCCACCCCUGUUCUCUAGGGGGUGGGAGUGGACACAGCAGGGGGAGGUCCUUUGCAUUUUGCACAAAGCACAAGUCUGGACAGCCUAUGCUCUGCCCAGAGCCAUUUCUAAGAGCUUUAAACCAGAAGACCUAUCCUGGGCCAAUUUUCCUUUUUCUUUAUAUUUUUUCUGGGGGGAAAAAAAAUCAACUAUGCAAUUGUAUACGCUCCUGGGUGCAUAUGAAGAAGUGGAAUAUGUGUACUUAUGUGUCCAGAGUGUUAAUUGGGGCUAUUUUUCUGUACUUGGAUUUCUUUUAUGAGGUAUGUACUCAUAGCCCAUCCCAUGGAAUGUAAUCCCCACAUUUGAUCUAAGCAGACGUGGGCUGAGUGUGUGCCUGUGUGUGUGUGCAUGUGUGUGUGUGUGUGUGGGGGAUUCUUAUAUGCAUAUGUUCCUUCUGCCCAGUCAGGAAAGUGUUCAUCCUACUUCCUCCUUGGUAAAUAAGCCAGUGAGGACUGUCCUCCUCAUUGGAACUGUUCACAAUUUAGAAAGAUUCCUUUCUAGGCCAGCCCGUGGCUCACUCGGUAGAGUGCGGUGCUGAUAACACCAAGGCCACGGGUUCGGAUCCUAUAUAGGGAUGGCCGGUUUGCUCACUGGCUGAGCGUGGUGCUGACAACACCAAGCCAAGGGUUGAGAUCCCCUUACCGGUCAUCUUUAAAAAAAAAAAAAAAAAGAAAGAUUCCUUUCUCCUCAACAAACUCAAAACUCACUUAUUUUCCAAAUCUGAUACUCUGUUGAUUUAAUAAUUUCCUAUGGCUAUUAAUUCUUAGGAUUUUAUUUGAAAAUAGAUUGGUUUUAAGGAGCCAAUGAGGUUCCAAAGGAGGGGAUGUAUAUAUUUCUGGGCAGGGUUGGAACCUAGUAUGAGAUGAGUACUCCCUUCAGAUGCAAAAUGUAAGGGGGUACCAAUAAACUCAGUAAUCAAAAUAAAUACUUUUUAAAAAAUGUGGUAUUUUAAAAAAAUGAGUGCAAAAAAACUAUGUUGAACAAAAUAGCAAAGAUAGGAUCCAAUAGGACCAGGAUUAGGAUAAGGGAAGUGAGACUGAAUUGAGCAAGUAUGGGGAUGAAUCCUGUCUUUAUUUAUGUUUUUAAUGUUUAUCAUGGAUGUUUUUACAUUAAUUUUGAUUUUUAAAAAAUAUUGCAUUAAGGGCCGGCCCAUGGCUCACUUGGGAGAGUGUGGUGCUGAUAACACCAAGGCCACAGGUUCGGAUCCCUAUACAGGGAUGGCCGGCUAGCUCACUUGGGUGAGCGUGGUGCUGACAACACCAAGUCAAGGGUUAAGAUCCCCUUACUGGUCAUGUUUAAAAAAAAAAAAAAAAAGGUAUUAAAAUAGUAUUUAUCUUGGUUCUGAGUUUUUUGACAUCCCUUAAAUUUUGUGCUCAAGGUGAGUGCCUUGCUCACCUCACCCUACUGUCCCCAUUUCUGGGGUUAGGCCAUCACCACGUGACACGCACCAAACAACAGGUGGCUCAAAUUCACACCCUGAAUUUGCACAGCCCACCUAGCUUUCCCUUAGGCCUCUAUAUCAUAGGAUGCUGGUCUGGACCAAUAGGAAUGGUAGCAGAUCAGGGGUUUUCCCAGAGAAUAAAACCAGAGAAGUUUUGGUUCUCUACUGGACUGCUGUGUUUGGAUUUGAUCUGUUAUUAGAUUCUAGUUAAUACUUUUUGUUUUUAAAAACUGAGGACAAAUGAACAAAAACAGAAACCUUGUAUCACAUUUGUUUUUUGUUUUAUUUAUAAAUUAGCUAAUCCCAAUUCCUUUUGCCCUCUUUUCAAAGAAAAAAAAGGUGGAAAUUCUGGGGGGUGGUCUAGGGGUGAAUAUGGUAAAAUAGGGCUUUAGACCCUGUAGCUUUUCAUUGAUAAAAAAAUUUUUUUUCAUUUGGGAAGGUAACUUUAUUGAGACAUUGGAAAACCUCCAUUCUAAGGAUGAGGGACCCUGAGACAAUGGAUAUUUUUUUUUAUAGGAGACGGUAAAGUUUGUUUUGCUUUAUUCUUUGGGGGAGGGGUUGAGUGGGAUGGGGGUCAAGGAAUAAUACCUGGGAAAUGAAGACAGACUCAGAUUGGUUUGUUACUGGGAAGAUCAGGGGGUGGAAGAGGCCAUGCA